UGAAACAUCCCUGUUGAACAGUGAAGGGGCCCAGGGCCCAGGGGGGUUGCGCGGCGCGCCUCCUGCCUCCUGCCUCCUGUGCAGUGUGAAGGCUGAUCCGGCUGCCUAUGCAGUCCUGCAGGCGAACCGGAAGGAAGGGUGCUGAUGUCAACCUACCACUGCCAGGGGCAAAGGCCGAUCGCUAUACCCAAAGCUUCUGAACGGAGUCUGUGGCCAGAACCACAACAUGGAGAGGGAGGAGUUUCAAGAAGCGCUGAAGAAGUUUCCAAGAGUCCGGGAUAAGGACUACAAGGCCCCUGACACAAUGCUGGCAGCCACCACGGAGGCGCCCAGCUCCUGUGUUUCCGGGAAAGUACAACACCAACUAUUGGAGGAUAGUGAGCGCCACUCGGAGAGGAAAGCUCUGUCGGCUGCGGCUGGGGAGUUGGCUGAGAAGGUGACGGGCAGCGCACAGACGCGCGCGAGGGUAGCGCCUGUGGGCACGGCAUCCAGACCGCAGGCUCGGUCGUUCUGGGAGCGCUUGGAGGAGGUGGUGGCCCAGCAGUUACCUAAAGAGGAUGCCAACAAGUUCUGCAGCCGUUUCCGGUCUGCCCACAAGGAGCUGGUGGAGCACCGCCUCUCGCUGGAUGCCAUCGAGCGCAUCGUGGUGCGCUGGGGGGAAGUCGGCCCGACAUUUCGAUGAGAAGAGCCAGAGACGACAAGGUAGAAGAGCCCCCAUGAUGGAGCCUAAGGCGCCAAGUAUUUGGAACAUCAAGGCUGGCCCCAUUCGUCGCGGUUACAACAAUCCUUAGUUGUUGGAGAACCUCAACUUCUUAAUGUCGAAGGAACUUAUCGUAGUUUGAGAGAAUCGUACUUGUAUUGUGGUUGAUAGGAUAAAUGCUCGAUGUAUAUUGUAGAUUAGUAGAUGUCGGAUCCCCCAAAAAGUCCAGUAGGUCGCUUAAACCGGCAGCUCGUUGAGGCUGCUGGACUGGCAGCUCACUGAGGCUGCUGAGCUGGCGGAAAUGAUGAGCAUGAUUUGAAAAGCGGAGCACAAGUUUGACACCAGCGACAUGCAAAUCGAGCUGAAUUGAAAUUAGCUAACAACUAGGUCAGUGCAGAGGCUUUUAGGAGUGUUCGUGUGGCUUCCGACAUGCAUGGAUUGUCACAUGUGUGGUGAAAGACUCAUCGUCAAUCUGGCCGCA